AUGUCAGCUACAAAAGCCGGUAAGCGGCCUUUGAGGUCGUUAACGGCCCACGAAAAACUUAGCGCCAUCAAACGUGUCAGUGUCGGUGGUGAAAGUAAAGCUUCAGUUGCCAGAGAUAUCGGAGUGCCUGAGUCGACUUUAAGAGGAUGGUGUAAAAACCAAGAAAAAAUCAGCUACCAAGUAAGAACGAGUCCUUCUAACUUAGAAGAUGCUGCACCUGAAAACCUCAAUCUUAUACCAGCCAAACGUAUAAAACUCGAAGAUCAACCUUAUAAUCUAAGCAUGAAAACAAGCGAUGUUUCUAAUGGUUCCUACUCACCAAAUUCCGAGAGCAACUUUGAAGGCGAAUACCCCAAAUCCAGCGAAGCCGAAUCAGAAACUUCACCUCUCAAUUUACGCACCAUUAAAGUUGAACCUACACCAAUCCUAGCAGCUUCAACACCGAAAACUACCAACAACAAUUUUGAAAAAGAAAAGGAGCGCGAAAAAAAUAGAGCCGAACUUGCAAGGCUCAGUGCUGAGUUAGGAUUAAAUCGUCCUGAAGUUUUAAUGUCAACCUUAAAUAAUACUAGCAACCUUACUGACCUCACUACAGCCCUCUUGCAAUGGAAAAGUGUCUACCAAACUUGGUUUUAUCAGCAACAACAAAAAGCCGCUUUGCAUCAAGGAAAAUCCAACAUUGGAGUCACUUCACCUAUUGAAAACGGCACUAAACUAUGCUCUCCAACAAACAAUGGACUUUUAACUACUAUAGAUAAAAGGGACAAAAUGCUCAACAAUAUAGAGCAACAACCAUCCGUUUACGACUCAGUUUCCUAUUGGUUGAGGCAACAAUCUUUAUUGAGCCUAAACAACAACACUCAACAAUCAGUAUUGAGUAACUUACCAAACACUUCUACGAUAACAUCCAACACCAAUACCAUUACAGACUCCAACAAUUUGACCAGUCAACAGAAUUUGGCCCUUUGGAACUGGUACCAACAGUCUGCUUAUAACGCAGCUCAGAUGCAGUCCAAUGCCAGAGUUGCCAGCACAGCGCCACAACAACCAAUCAGUCCUCAGCAAACUCUUUAUCAGCAAUUAACCAAAGAACCUUCGAGCGAAAAGGAGGUUGUCAGCAAUUGCGAAAACAUUGCCUCGGAAACUACCAAAGACGAAAAACCAAAGAACAAUAAUAAAAGUAGAUCGGUGUUGGAUAAUUUGCUUUUGAACAACAACACCAUCCAGUGUGGUAUUAAAAAAGAAGAUGGGGAUUCGUUGGAUGCUCACGAGGCUAUUGAGCACGGAGAAAAAUUCCUCAAUUGGUUAGAGCAUUGCAGUGAUCCUUCAGUUACUACAUUACAGCUACACACUGUGCAAAGUCUAAUUAAAAAUUUAAAAAACGCUUUCGAUCGCAAAGAUUGCCAAAUUCGCAAUAAAGUUAAAAGAAAGUAA